AUGGUGAUUGCUGCCCGUGCUUGUGCUGCCUGUGCCUGUUGCUGCCCGUGCCUGUGCUGCCCUGUGCUGCCUGUGCCUGUUGCUGCCUGUGCCUGUGCUGCCCGUGCCUGUGCUGCCCGUGCCAGUGCUGCCCGUGCUUGUGCUGCCUGUGCCUGUUGCUGCCCGUGUCUGUGCUGCCCUGUGCUGCCUGUGCCUGUUGCUGCCUGUGCCUUUGCUGCCCGUGCCUGUGCUGCCCGUGCCUGUGCUGCCCGUGCCUGUGCUGCCUGUGCCUGUUGCUGCCCGUGCCUGUGCUGCCCUGUGCUGCCUGUGCCUGUGCUGCCCGUGCCUGUGCUGCCCGUGCCUGUGCUGCCCGUGCCUGUGCUGCCUGUGCUUGUUGCUGCCCGUGCCUGUGCUGCCCUGUGCUGCCUGUGCCUGUUGCUGCCUGUGCCUGUGCUGCCCGUGCCUGUGCUGCCCGUGCCUGUGCUGCCCGUGCCUGUGCUGCCUGUGCCUGUUGCUGCCCGUGCCUGUGCUGCCCUGUGCUGCCUGUGCCUGUUGCUGCCUGUGCCUGUGCUCCCCGUGCCUGUGCUGCCAGUGCCUGUGCUGCCCGUGCCUGUGCUGCCUGUGCCUGUUGCUGCCCGUGCCUGUGCUGCCCUGUGCUGCCCGUGCCUGUGCUGCCCUGUGCUGCCCGUGCCUGUGCUGCCCUGUGCUGCAUGUGCCUGGUGCUGCUCGUGCCUCGUGCUCGCGCCCUCGUGCGCUCUGCUACUGUCUGCGCCCUCGUGCGCACUGUUUCUGCUCUUCCCCCCCCCCCCCCCCGUUUGCGGCUGUCGCUGA